UUAACCAUCAAUUCAGUCAAGUGACAACAUGAAUCUUUUGUCAUUGGUUUGGCAAAGUUUUUUAUUUUUUUAUUUUUUUAACCGAUUUGGCAUACAUUUCAAAAUGACACAAACUGUUAUCAGUUAGCAGUGUUGGUGUUUAUAUUUAGAGCACAUUACAGAGUCAUAUGAUGCAAAAUAAAUACUGAGAAAUGAUUGUGCUUCCCGAGCCGCUAAAUGUCACUUGUGACGGUGUGAUUUUCUGUUGAGUUGGAAAUUGCAACACUUCUGGAGUCUUUAUAUACCCGCGGGAAGAUUCUGUGAGACCAACAUUAUCGUUCUCGAGAAAGGAGGCAGCCAGCUAGAAAAAUGAUAACCAACGGUACAUCAGCUGAAGAAAAUCCAUAUGAUGAACUCCGAGCUAUAUUGGCAGCAAGAAACACAGCCGAGUUUAUUACGGAGACAACAGUUUAUGUGAUAAUCAACCUGACGGCUUUGCUAGGCAACAUUCUUGUCUGCGUUAUCUUCUACAAAAAUCCAAAUUUACGAAGCGUUACCUAUCUAUAUAUUUUUGCGCUUGCCAUAUCGGACGUUUUUAUGGCAGCAUUUUGCAUGCCUCUCGUCUGGGGAGUAUUGCUAGUGGGUGAAUGGAGAUACGGGGGAGUAGUGUGUGCAUUUCAUGGCUUUGCUGUGCUUUUCUUGGCAUUCGUGUCACUGCAGACCAUAGCGUUGCUAGCCUUUAAUCGGUACUGCCGAGUGGUGAAGCCGUGGUUAUUCCGCAAGAUUUUCAAGAAGAAUUUCGUCGGUUUCUCCGUACUGGCUGUAGUUUCCUCAGCCGCAUUUUUCCUUGGCUUACCUCUUGCUACAGGCUGGGGUUAUUUUCAUUUCCAUUCUGGCAAGAUUACCUGCGUAUUAGAAUUCUAUCAUCCCGCCACAGAUAAGAUUUACACCGGCAUCCUGGGGCUGGUCAAUGUCGUUGUUCCAUUUGCCGUGAUAACUUUCUGCUACACUAAAGUGUUUUUGAAAGUACGAGAGCAUCGACAACGCUUUUCCUCAACCACCUCCACAAACUUAAGACUAAGCGUUGAAGAAAUAAACAUCACCAAAACGUUAUUUGCCAUGGUGUUAGGCUUCACUUUGUGCUGGCUCCCUGUUUUCAUUAUCGAAUUCACGGAUGCUGUAACAGGAAAUCACUCCUUACCAAGGAAAGUGUAUCUCAUUAAUGUCUUCUUGGUUUCCAUAAGUGCUGCAAUUAACCCGGUCAUAUACGGGGUACUUAACAGAUCAUUUCGUGCAGGAUAUUGCGAAAUGUUCUCUUUUCGUGGCAGCUGCUUAAUGAGAGUCUGGAAUAUUCAAAAGGAACAAGAAAAUAACAGUAAACGUCAAAGUGCUGACACGUACAACUGACUGCAAAAUGAACUCUUUCAAUAGAAUUUAUAAUCUCUUGGAAUACAUCUUAACU